CAUUUAGAGCAAAGACCAGUAGGAACGAGAAAGGUUUCUCUCGCCUGCAGUAGUUGCCCUCAGUAGUAUCCGAUAAUGUCAAGGUUUCUCCUGAGAGCAAACCUGAGGAGAUGCGUCGCCUCUCAGAUUAGAAUGGCAUCUGAUCAGCUUGGUGAGUUGGGCAAGGGAGCAGGCAAAGGUGGCGGUGGAGGAGGCUCUGUGAGGGAAGCAGGAGGUGCAUUUGGAAAGCGAGAAGUAGCAGAGGAGGAGCGAUACUUCAGGCAGAAGGAGAAGGAGCAGAUGGAAGCGCUGAGGAAGCAUCACGCAGAGGAGAUUGAGCACCACAAAAAAGAGAUUGAGCGCCUACAGAAGGAGAUUGACCGCCACAAGGGCAAGAUCAGAAGGCUGAAACAUGAUGACUAAAGCUGGGAAGACUGUUAUCAUCUCUGUUCCUGAGAGUCCGCCCACUUUAUUUGCCAAGCCAAUGAUCAGCAGAUACCGAUUGAUUUACUGAUGGUCAAGGCAGGUCUUGUAUGAGACUUCAUACUGACAUCAUGAAUAUUAUAACAAUAAAGUUCUUAAUUUUUGAACAUAA